GCCUGGCCGCCGUCGGAGCGCGACGGGGCCACCAUGCCCGCGUUCGAUGAGGUGCUGCAGCAGGCCGGCGAGUUCGGGCGCUUCCAGCGGCGCGUGUUCCUGCUUCUGUGCCUGACCGGCGUCACCUUCGCCUUCCUCUUCGUCGGCGUGGUCUUCCUGGGCCCCCGGCCCGACCACUACUGGUGCCGGGGGCCGAGCGCCACAGCGCUGGCAGAGCGCUGCGGCUGGAGCGCAGAGGAGGAGUGGAACCGCACUGCGCCCGCGCACCCUGGGUCCGCGCCCCCGGAGGGAGGCGGCGACGGCCGCUGUGAGCGCUACCUCCUGGAGGCCGCCAACGCCAGCCUCGCCACCGCCGCUGCCGGCGCGCUCAGCUGCGUCGACCCGCUUGCCGCCUUCCCCAACCGCUCGGCGCCCCUAGUGCCUUGCCACGGCGGCUGGCGCUACGCGCAGUCCCACUCCACCAUCGUCAGCGAGUUUAAUCUCGUGUGUGUCAAUGCUUGGAUGCUGGACUUCACCCAAGCCAUCCUGAACCUCGGUUUCCUUGCUGGAGCAUUCACCUUAGGCUAUGCAGCGGACAGAUAUGGCAGAACAGUCAUUUACUUAAUAUCCUGUUUUGGUGUUGGCCUCACUGGUCUUGUGGUGGCAUUUGCACCAAAUUUCCCUGUGUUUGUGGUCUUCCGCUUCCUACAAGGUGUGUUUGGAAAGGGGACAUGGAUGACGUGCUAUGUGAUUGUUACAGAAAUAGUAGGUUCAAAACAAAGGAGGAUUGUGGGAAUAGUGAUUCAAAUGUUCUUCACCCUUGGCAUCAUAAUUCUCCCUGGAAUUGCCUACUUUAUCCCCAACUGGCAAGGGAUCCAGCUGGCCAUAACGCUGCCCAACUUCCUCUUCCUCCUUUAUUACUGGGUGGUUCCUGAGUCCCCCCGGUGGCUCAUCACUCGGAAGAAAAGUGAGAAAGCAUUAAAAAUUCUGAGGAGCAUCGCCAAAUGCAAUGGGAAAUAUCUCUCCUCAAACUACUCAGAGAUCACUGUUACUGAUGAGGAACUUAGUAACCCAUCCUUUUUAGAUCUGGUGAGAACCCCCCAAAUGAGGAAGUGCACACUUAUACUUAUGUUUGCUUGGUUCACGAGUGCCGUGGUGUAUCAAGGACUGGUCAUGCGCCUGGGGAUUAUAGGCGGCAACCUCUAUAUAGAUUUCUUCAUCUCAGGGGUCGUGGAGCUGCCCGGAGCACUCUUGAUUUUACUAACCAUUGAGCGAGUUGGACGACGCCUCCCCUUUGCGGCCAGCAAUAUAGUGGCAGGAGUGGCGUGCCUCAUCACUGCGUUCUUACCCAAAGGGAUAUCAUGGUUGAGGACCACAGUUGCUACCCUUGGACGACUAGGGAUAACCAUGGCCUUUGAAAUUGUUUAUUUGGUAAAUUCAGAAUUGUACCCAACAACAUUACGAAACUUUGGAGUUUCACUUUGUUCAGGUUUGUGCGAUUUGGGGGGGAUCAUAGCCCCAUUUCUGCUCUUCCGGCUUGCAGCCGUUUGGCUGGAACUACCUCUUAUCAUCUUCGGUAUCCUGGCAUCUGUCUGUGGUGGCCUCGUUAUGCUUCUGCCUGAAACCAAGGGUAUUGCUUUGCCAGAGACAGUGGACGAUGUAGAAAAACUUAGCAGUACAUGUUCCUAUAAAUGUGGCAGGAAAAAGAAAAGCCAGGUUUCAAGCUCUCACCUUUGAAGCCCCCGCCAAAGACGGAGGGAAGGAGCUCUGGGAUCCGACCCUCCCUGGAAGGGUGUGCCUUCAAGAGACUUGUGUGUCCAUUUCAGCUGCAGUGCUGUGCAGCUUCAAGUGUCCUUAGGACUCUACCAAGACGUUCAAAAGCCCCAGCGUAUUUUGAUACCAUGUUGGCUGAUUUCUGAUGUGUAAGGCUACUGAAAUUUCUGGCAACACAUUCUACAUGACUGCUUUAGGAGCGCCUGUAAAAUGUGAGACUCGUCCUGAGCCCAGAGGUCUUGUCUUGUGUUGGAGCAGCGAUCUCUGCCCUGCUGGGUCAAGGUGAGACAGGCGAAGCCUCCCACCUAGCUCUCCUGACAGCCCAUCUGGACAGCGGCAUGUGCAAACAGAGAGCCUGGGAAAGGUGUACAUGUACUGUGUUCAUCAAAUCUCAUCAAGGGCUAAGGCUCUACAUGGAAUCUUCUGAAGAUUCCAUGGAGGAUGAGGAGGCGGGAAUCCUACUUAGGGAGAGAAGAGACGGGAUCUAAGUACCUUGGACCACACGGUGCUGAGCCCUUGCUUUCUCUUCUCCCCUGGGUUCUGUAAGCCUUUGUGGUAUUGACAGGCCCAUCUUCCCUCUCUUCCACCUUCUCUGUGCACUGGGGUUGCAGGCAUGGUUUAGGCAUUGCUCCAUCAGUAAAAAUAGAUUGUCUGUGCAAUGUGAGGGUUGGCUGUGGUCUCCAUAGACUCAGGCUGUCAUCCUGAGAGGAUUCAGGGUAGUUUUGAUCCUCGUUUAGUAGAUAUGUGGAGUCACAUCUCAGUAUAGUACUGAACCAAACCCACGGGUGAUGAUCCCACAGGUCUUAGGAUUUCAAUAGCAAAAGGAUAUUUAUCUUAUCUUCGUGAAUUCUGUUCUUUUGAUGGUGCCCAUGAUCAAAACAACACAGACAGUUCUCACUCAGCCUUUGAACUUGUAACUUGUCUUGGAAAGGAGCUCACAUUUUAAUUUAAAGGAAAACUCAGCUCUAAAACUCAUUUCCAUUGAGUCAAUUCUGAUUCAUAGCAACCCCUAUAGGACAGAGUAGAACUGCCCCUUAGAGUUUCCAAGGAGCUGCUGGUGGAUUCGAACUGCUGACCUUUUGGUUAGCAGUUGUAGCUCUUAACCGCUGCCCCACCAGGGCUCCAAGGCCAAUUAUAGCCAUGCUUAAAUUUAUUUUUAAAUAAUUAGCCGCAGCUUUAUAUAUGAUUUUAUAGACAUUAAUAAUGGAUUCAGUCUUUCUUUUUUGUUAUUGUAGCUUUUCAAAUGUAGGGCUUAAACACAAAUAUGCUAUUUUUCCCUGGCUUCUGCUUUUUUUUUUUUUUUUAUUUUCAGAUCCAGUCUAUAUCUUAUGCAGGGCGUUUUAAUGAAUUAUUUUAUGUGGACAGGCCAAAUGGGCACCAAAGUGAAAUCUUGCCAACCAGGAAGAAAGCUUCUAUGUGGAGAACACGUGAUAAUAUGUACCGCGUAUGCGCUAAUUAUGAAACAAGCUUUUGAACCCUUAAAGCACAAGAGAAUUGAAUAUGAAUAUUGAAUUUUCCAAUGAAAUAAAGACAGACUUUGAGAGUUUCAUGCUGCGUUCACCCUUUAUUCACAGACGUUUGCAUUUUUACUUUACGUUUCUUUUUGCUUUAAGAUGACUGUUCUCUUUGUUACUGUCACCUUUGAAUUGUAUUUUGAGGUGGUAUUUUGGUUCCAGAAACAAUAAAAAAAUGUAAAUUGUCAAG